CGUUUUCCUGCGCCCAGGGAACAGGAGUACGCGGCCCGAGCCCGAGACGGGCGGCAUUGCGAGAAAUAUGAGGAUUCGCCCGGAAUGCGCGGCCGUACUAGCGCUGCUACUACAGGUCGUCCUGGUGGCGAGUAAAGCUGUGGAUCAAACGCAAUUACAGCAACAAUCACAGCGGCAAAUUCCAUACGGUACAGAAGCGCAAAAACGGGGAUGGGUAGGCGACGGAGGAGGUGAUGGCGGUGGUUAUGGCGGUGGUUUUGGGGGUGGCGAUAUUGGCGGUGGUCAUUUCGGUGGCGGCGGCGACAUCGGCGGUCACUUUGGAGGAGGCGAUGGCGGUGGUCAUUUUGGAGGUGGCGAUGGCGGCGGCCACUUUGGAGGAGGCGAUGGCGGCGGUCAUUUUGGAGGUGGCGAUUUCGGCGGUGGUGAUGUCGGCGGUCACUUGGGAGGUGGCGAUGGCGGCGGCCACUUUGGAGGAGGUGACAUCGGAGGUCAUUUAGACGGCGGUGAUAUUGGUGGUCAUGGAGGUGAUUUUGGUGGCGGUGAUUUUGGGGGUGGCGGCGGAGGAAUUGAUGCGCAUCAUGGUGGCCACGACGAUCAUCACCAUGACAAGGGUUACUGGAAGAAGAAAUUAGUCUGGAAACCGGGCUGGAAGAAGAUCUGGAAACCGGCGAAGAAGCAAAUUUGGAAACCCGCAUGGAAGAAAAUCUGGAAGCCUAUUUGGGUGCCAACCCAGAAAGCAGUGUGGAAAGAGAUUCAGGUGCCAGCUUGGAAAAAAAUCUGGAAACCUGUGUGGAAGGAAAUUCAAGUGCCUGCGUGGAAAGAGAUACAGGUGCCAGCUUGGAAGAAAAUCUGGAAACCGAUUUGGCAGCCGAUCAAGGUACCUGCUUGGAAGGAGAUCCAAGUACCUGCGUGGAAAAAGAUCUGGAAGCCGGUUUGGAAAGAGAUUCAAGUGCCAGUUUGGAAAGAAAUUCAAGUACCCGCUUGGAAGAAGCAUUGGAUUCCCGAAUGGGUAAAGAUUGGCAUACCGGGUGAACACUUCCACGGCACAGAUCAUCAUGGAUGGCAAUACACCAGUCAUGAUCUCUGGAAAAAGAAGCUGAUUUGGAAGCCAGUGUGGAAGAAAUAUUGGAAAUCGGCGAAAAAACAGAUUUGGGUUUCGGAUAAAAAACUCGAGUGGAAAGAAGCUUGGAAACAGGUUUGGAAACCAGCGAAGAAGCAAAUCUGGGUGGAAGAUAAGAAACUGGCCUGGAAGGAAGCGUGGAAACAGAUCUGGAAGCCAGCCAAGAAAAUGAUCUGGGUUCCUGAUAAGAAACUUGAGUGGAAGGAGGCUUGGAAGCAAAUCUGGAAAACCGAGAAGAAACUAGAGUGGAUUCCUGACAAGAAGCUCGCUUGGAAAGAAGCUUGGAAACAAAUUUGGGUGCCUGCUUGGAAAGAGAUCUGGGUACCAGCGUGGAAAAAGAUAUGGAAACCAGUCUGGAUAUCUGAGUGGUUCCCGAGCGAAGAUCACCAUCAUCAUGGUUGGGACCGCAAAGACACGCAGACUCAGAACACGCAAAUUGUGCCUUACAGCCCUGACAAGGGUGCUCAGCAGAAGAGGCAAGCGCAGCAACAACAGCAACAGGUACAGCCACAGCAGGGACAGAAACAGGUGCAGCUAGGUGCAGUAGGUCAGGCGGACAGUAAUAAAGUCGGAUGGGACAGGUCUUUCAAGGCGGGUUUGCCAACGAUCACGCAGGAUCUGGUACCACCGCCGGCUAAUCAAAAUGGAGUCCAAGCCAAUUUUGCGUUCCCUGGCCGCUGAUAGAGCUAGAUAUCCGUGCAGAAUAAUCGCACUGUAAAAUCACAAAAAAAUGCUUGUACAAACAUCUCCACGAGAGAGUACUGUAACAUAAGCCGCUGUAUAUAUUACGUUUUAGGAUUAAGAUAAGAUAGCGUAAAACUUAAGUUACUCGAAAUUGUUCGACUGACGCGUUCCCUGCCCUUCGAGGUAUUACAUUUACUUUGACACACGUUAUAACCUUUAUUUUUCUCUUUUCUUGUUUUCUAUUUUUUUAUAUACAUGUUGUUGUCUCUCCAAUUGUUAACUAAUACUGUUACGAAUAAAGUUUAUAAGUAUUUUGUUAA